AAACAAACAGAAACGGUUGCAAUCGCAAGGGAAAGAACGGUUCGCUCCUGCCGGAAAAUUUUGUGAUUUAUACUUAACUAAUUAUGAACACAAACAGCUACGUCUAUUUGGGAGAAUGGUACCAGAAAGAGGCGGACCUGAACCGGCAGCUGGUGGUUAGCUUCUUCCCUAGCGAUAAUUCAGUUGAGCUGGUCGACCUGAAAACAAGGAAAACCUUCCUGAGGCGUACCAAAAUCGAAGAGCUAAACGAGAAUGACUUCUUCAUCGGUGCCAAGCUGCUUAUUUUUGGCAAACAGAUCAACAUUCUUGAUUAUGGAGAUGCGAAAACGAGGAACAAGAAGUCCGACGAACAGCUAUCGUUUGGGCUGAUAAAAGCGGAAGCAUUGCUACAUAUCGGCGAAAUACUGACGAAGAUACACAAGGCAGGAUUGGGCGUACGUCGGCUGGCGAUGCUGAAGAUAGACGAAAACUAUUCCUCCAUGCUGAAAACCGUGCGCUCAGAAGCCUCGAGCUUGAACUACCUGAUGGACUGUAUGCCAAGCCAAUCGUUUGUCGCGCUCGAGAUUAUAGGGAACAAUGCGUACAACCAGUACCGGGAGCUAUGCGGACCGGAAUCCAUUGCGGAGGCAAAGCAGUGUGCUCCGAACAGUUUCCGGGGACUAUACGGUGAACGGAGAAAACGGAUUGCGGCCCGUACCCGGCAGCUCAACAAACCCGUACUGAUUGAUUUGGAGGCGCUGAUCCAGGACAGGAUCAAGUGCUUGAAGGACAACAGCUUCGUAUUCCUAACCUAUGCUUAUUCCAAAAACAGCGAACAUUUCACACCGUAUAGUUUUCUGGAGGUUCCAUUUAGCAAGGCCGACAAACAUGAGUACUUUACCGUGAGCCGGCACGGCGUAACAUACUGGAGCGAUUCGGAAAAUCAUUUUACCGCGCUCGAUGCAUGGCUGGCCGACUAUCGCAAGUACCGGCGGCUUACGGAGCUGGGCUUUUUCAAACACUAUCGCCUCGCGAAAGCGUUCCGCCUCUGGCUGCGCAACAUUCAGUGGUACAAGUAUGAGAACGCGCGCCAAAAGAUUGCUGCCAGUGCAUUCGUCGUCCUUCCGCGGCUGGCUAGAGCGUUGCUGACGAUGCAGGAUGAGUACGUGCAGCUGGUAGGGUUUCGGUUUUUCGACGUUUCCGUGUCGGAAAACUGGCAUCUGCCUUACUUUAUCGAGACGCAGAUGACCACCUUCGAGCAGGUGCGCGAUCUGCUUCAGCAGUUGCGUGAAAAGAUGCGUAACGUUCUAUAUGAUGCAUGCUGCAACACGCUAAUCGAUCGUGGCUUUUCACCCCAAGACGAAGCGAUUAAUGUGACCAACAAAAAGAAGCUUAAGGACAUGAUGAGCUUCACCGAGCGUGCUAAUAAGCGCAAACUGUGCGCACUGUUGGCCCGUUUUCUGGCGUGUGCCGAUCAGAAAAUGAUAACGCUGCUGCAUCAAAUUCUACGCGAGUCGUUCAAAAAUUUGGCCAACGUUUUCUCGGUUUUUAUGGAAGAAUGCGCAACGGACGGGCACACUUCGAAGCCGCCAUUCAUGAACGUGGAGCUGGUGCUGAAACCGACACACAUCGAUCUGGAUCCAUCGCGCGAAGUGACCACACGAAUGCUGGAAGACUUGAGCAAUCUGGUGAUGCGUACGGUCUACAAGAUUGAUCGCUUUCAAAGUGAUCCAUUUUUCGAUGUCUAUACGGAGCCAACCAUAAUGGGAAGAAAGGAGGACCGGCUGUGCGGCAACCCUCCCAGUCUGGAUUUCAUCAUUUACAACGAUACGCAGCUUACGUACGAUAUGAAAACCAUCUUCGAUGGCAUUAUCGUAGCGUACAACAGUGUCGACGAGUACGUGAUACAGUUCGAUCGGAUCCGCUUAUCGUACCAGGAGAAUCUAGCCGUCGAUCACGACGUGAUCAGGGGAGAAACGAAUCUAGAGGUGUUGCGAAUGUACUGUGAACGGUUCACCAACCAGAUGGCAGACCUGGAACAGAUACAGGAGUCGCAUCCGCUGGGGCUGCUGCAGGUGAAGCAGGUUGCGUUUCGUGAGGAGAUCACACCCAUCUGCCAGCAGCUGCUGGCGGUGCUGGACGAAACCAUACCCCGGUUGGCAAUGGAGAAGAUCAACUACGUCGAGCAGAAGGGCGAAGAGCUGCAGACGAAGCUGCUGAUUGUGCCGGAGGAAACUAAUCACUACAUCUACUACUUUAAUCAUAUGGAGGUUUGCCACGAGCAUGUCGCAAGUUUGCAGAAGGAGCUGAACUAUGCGUACGAGGCGUUAAAAAUUAUGAAAAAAUAUCAUGUUACCUUCCGCGACGAGGACAAGGAUAAAUAUUUGGACAUGGAAGAAUUUCUUAACGAAAUCAGCGUAACUCUGGAAACUAAACGAGCACAAAAGCAGGAUUUGAUCAACAAGUUUGACCUAUGCCUGCAAGCGGAUAUCACGAAAAUAUUCUCCGAAGUUGAAGAUAUCCACGAGGAGGUCCUGAAAGAAUGGUUACUCGAUCUUGGCUCCGACCCAGCGCUCGUCCGCGACUGUUUGAUUGACCUGUCCGAACGGUUAACGAUGUGCCAACGGAAGGCCCAGGAGUAUAAGAAAUAUCAGAAAGAGUUUCGCCUCGAAGUGACACGGUUCGAAAAGCUCGAUCAAGUUAUCAAUGAGGUAAAGCUGCGUCAGAUCCUCUGGGACAGUGUGCAGCAGUGGAAAGAGUCGGUGGAGAUAUGGAACGAAAUACACUUCAACGAGCUCAGCAUGGAUGAGGUGGAAGCGUUGAAUACGAAAAUCCUGAAAAACUGUGCCAUGCUCGACAAGAACCUGCCGAAGAAUGACAUCAUCCCCAAGCUGAAGGCUGAGGCGGAAGAGUUCAAAGACAAAAUACCGGUGCUUGGGUUUUUGCGCAACCCCGCACUCAAGACACGGCACUGGAUCAAGAUCGAACAGAUACUGAACCGGCAUCUCGCGGAGGAGACGGAAAUUUACCUCCACACCUUCGAGGACGCGAACGCAUUCGAGGAGGAUAUAGCGGCCGAACUGAUGGAAGUGUCCAACAUGGCCAGUGCCGAGGCGGGACUGGAAACGCUGCUCAACAAGGUGGAAAACGCCUGGAAGGAGCUGGAGCUGACCGUGAUCAGUCAUCGCGACCAUCGGGACGUGUUCGUGCUAGCAGGGGUCGACGAAAUACAGACCGUGCUGGAUGAGUCCAGCAUUAACGUUACUACGGUGGCCGCCUCCCGGCACGUCGGCCCCAUCAAACCCAAGGUGGACGAUUGGGUCUCUCAGCUGGACCUUUUUUCCCGCACGCUCGACGAGUGGACGCAGUGCCAGCAGUCGUGGAUCUAUCUGGAGGCGAUAUUUUCCGCACCCGACAUUCAACGCCAGCUGCCGCACGAAACGCAAAUGUUCCUGCAAGUCGACAAAGCGUGGAAGGAUCUGAUGCGCCGCACGCAAAAGGCACCCCUUGCCCUGGCAGCGAUGACGGCCGAGGGAGUGCUGGAGCAGCUGCAAAUCAACAACGUGCUGCUGGAAAAGGUUACCCGCUGUCUGGAGGCGUACCUGGAGGUGAAGCGUAUGGCGUUCCCGCGGUUCUACUUCCUGUCCAAUGACGAGCUGCUGGAAAUAUUGGCCCAAACGAAAAACCCGUACGCGGUACAGCCGCACCUGUCCAAGUGCUUCGAUGCGAUUGCAAAGAUCGAGUUUGGCAAGAAGAAAACCGAAACGGGCGAAUCGGUUAUGACCAACGACAUUAUAGCGAUGAUCUCGCCGGAGGGUGAGCGGCUUACGUUCGGUGUCGGGCUGAAGGCUCGCGGUGCGGUCGAGGAUUGGCUUUCGAAGGUGGAAGAAGCGAUGUUCCUAGCGGUAAAGCGUUACAUGCGCCACGGUUAUCGUGUGUACGGGCUGAAGGAUCGCUCGUACUGGAUGCAGGAGCAACCGAAUCAGGUCGUACUGACCAUCUCCCAGCAGCAGUGGGCAGCGGACGUCCAUGCCAUCCUAGAAGCGGGCGGCAAUGUGGACAAAGGCAUGGAGGAGUUCCACGACAAGCUGACGAAAAACUUAACCGUUUUGGCUGCGAUUGCACGGACCAAAAUUUCCAAACUUGUCCGGAAGGUGCUGUGCGCACUGAUCACCAUCGAUGUGCACGCGCGUGAUAUGAUCGCGGGCAUGGUAGCAAAGCGAGUGCAAAAGUCGACCGAUUUCGAAUGGUUGAAAAUGUUACGCUACUACUGGAUGCCGGAAACGGAAGUGAUAGAAACGAAAAUGGCAUCCGCCAAUCUGCCCUACUUCUACGAGUAUCUCGGUGCCGGGGGAGUGCUGGUAAUAACUCCGCUCACCGAUCGCUGCUACCUCUGCCUAAUGGGCGCACUGCAGAUGGAUCUCGGUGGCGCUCCGGCUGGUCCGGCCGGUACGGGCAAAACGGAAACGACCAAAGAUUUAGCCAAAGCGCUCGCCAUCCAGUGCGUGGUGUUCAACUGCUCCGACGGGUUGGAUUACAAGAUGAUGGGACGAUUCUUUACCGGGCUUGCCCAGUCGGGCGCGUGGUGCUGCUUCGACGAGUUCAACCGCAUCGAUAUCGAGGUGCUUUCGGUCAUAGCUCAGCAGCUCAUUACGAUACGCAACGCCAAGGCUGCCAAAAUGAAACGCUUUCUCUUCGAGGGGCGCGAAAUCCGGCUAAAGCCUUCCUGUGCCGCCUUCAUCACGAUGAAUCCCGGGUACGCCGGAAGAACGGAGCUGCCGGACAAUCUGAAAGCACUGUUUCGGCCAAUUUCCAUGAUGGUCCCGGACUAUGCGCUCAUAGCCGAGGUUAUACUGUACUCGGAGGGUUUCGAAGGGUCGAAGAUACUGGCCAAAAAGAUGGUCCAGAUGUACAAACUAUGUAGCGAGCAGCUGAGCCAGCAGGAUCACUACGAUUUCGGUAUGCGCGCGGUCAAAAGUGUGCUCGUCAUGGCGGGUGCACUGAAGCGCGCCUCGCCCGAUCAAGCCGAAGACGUCACACUGAUUUCGGCGUUGCGUGACUCAAACUUGCCCAAAUUUUUGGCCAAUGAUGCGGUGCUCUUUAACGGAAUUUUAAGCGAUCUUUUCCCGGGCGUGGAUUUGCCCGAGCCAGAGCGCGGAGAGCUGCAGCAAGCCAUCGAGCAGUGCAUGAUCGAUCGGAACCUGCAGCCCGUGCCGGAGUUGGUGCUGAAGACGCUUCAGCUCUACGAAACGAUGGUAGUGCGCUGGGGCGUUAUGCUGGUAGGGCCUACGGGCAGUGGCAAAACGACCGUACUGCACAUACUGGCGAAUGCGUUCGAGAAACUGCACGCCGAAAACGCCCCGGGACCACUGUACCGCCCAGUGCGCAUACAAACGCUUAAUCCCAAAGCCAUCUCGAUGGAUGAGCUGUACGGGUUUGUGAAUCUGGCGACAAUGGAAUGGCGCGACGGGCUGCUCGGUAUGGCCAUCAGAUCGGCAGUGAUUGUGACAGACGAAAUUCACCAAUGGGUUGUUUGUGACGGUCCCGUGGAUGCGGUAUGGAUUGAAAAUUUGAACACGGUACUGGAUGAUAACAAAAUGCUCUGUUUGGCCAACUCGGAACGCAUCAAGCUGACCAGCUGGGUGCACAUGGUGUUCGAGGUGCAGGACCUGGCGCAAGCUUCUCCGGCCACCGUCUCCCGCUGCGGCAUGGUGUACAUGGAUCCAGUACACCUCGGAUGGUCCUCGAUCGUGAAAUCGUGGCUGAACACGGUCCAACAUCUUCACCUCGAUGGCGACUUAAAAUCGCACAUACUCUCACUGUACGAGCGGCACUACGAAACAGUUACGAAAUAUUUGCACCGCAACUGCAAGUGGAGCAUUCAUCAGGUCAACAUAAGCAAGCUGACGAUGAUGACCAAGCUGCUCUAUCUGCUGCUGCAAGAAACCCAGGGAUUGCACCUGAUGGAGCGGGGCGAGGCGAAGCAUUACAUUUUUAAAAUGUUUACCUGGAGCAUGCUCUGGUCGUUUGGCGGUAACUUGCUGGACGAGUCGAAAGCUCAGUUCGAGCAGUACUAUCGUACGCUGCAGAACGAGGAAGAAAUUGGACUAUUACCCAAGGAUACGCUCUGGGAUUUUCGCAUCAACACGAAAACGCGCACCUGGGAAAGCUGGAAUGCGAUACACCCGAAGUUUGUCUACAACCCUUCGGUGCCCUAUUUCGAUCUGCUUGUGCCCACGCUCGAUACCACCAAGUAUGGGUUCGUGGCCGAGAUGCUGCUGCAGCAUCAAUACCCGGUACUGUUUACCGGCGACACCGGUGUGGGCAAGUCGGUCCUGGCGCGGGAAAUUCUUAACCGCCUGAUGCAGCGUGACGUGAUACCGAUCUUUGUAAACUUUUCCGCACAAAGUGAAAGCGCACGCACGCAGGAGAUCAUCGAGUCACGUCUCGAGCGGCGCAAAAAGACCUUGCUUGGGGCGCCCAUCAACAAGCGAAUCGUGGUGUUCAUCGACGACGUUAACAUGCCCAAGCUGGACCGUUACGGAAGCCAGCCGCCGAUCGAGCUGCUGCGCCAGUUUGCCGACUUCCGCGGAGUGUACGAUCGGGAAAAGAUGUACUGGAAGGACAUUGUCGACGUGACGCUUGGGGCUGCCUGUGCACCGCCCGGCGGUGGCCGCAACGUGCUGACGGCACGCUUCAUCCGUCACUUUGCCCUGUUUUCUCUGCCCUCGCCGAACAGCGAUACGCUGAAGACGAUCUUCAAGGCAAUUUUGGCCGGUUUCUUGAGCGAGUUUAACAUGGCGAUACGUCCCCUGGCUGAACCGAUCGUUGAGACGGCCGUCGCCGUGUACGAGCGCAUCUCGGCCGAGUUGUUGCCCACGCCGAAGAAAUCACACUACGUUUUUAAUCUGCGCGAUUUAUCCAAGUGUGUGCAGGGCGUGCUGCAGGCGGACUCGUCGGCGUACAUCAAUCCCAUGCAGCUGAUGCGUCUGUUCUAUCACGAAUCGCUGCGCAUCUUCUACGAUCGGUUGAUCAACGAGGAGGAUAAGACUUACUUCAAGCAGCUGCUGCAGGACUGUUGUGAAAAGUUUUUCGAAACGACGAUCGUGCAGCCGGAGGAGACCAUCAUGUUCGGGGACUUUAUGGUGUUCGGCCAGGCGCCGGAGGAUCGCGUGUACGAGGAGAUUAAGGAGAUGAAGAAAUUGAAAUCGAUUUUGCUGGACUAUUUGGAGGACUACAAUGGCACUGUGGGAACGGAGAUGAAUCUGGUGUUCUUUGCGGACGCCGUCGAACAUAUCGUGCGGUUGGCACGGUUGUUGCGCUCGGAGCGUGGCAAUGGGCUGCUGGUGGGUGUAUCUGGAAUGGGAAAGCAGAGCCUGGCAAAGCUGGCUGCCCACAUCAAUGGCUACCAGUGUCAUCAGAUAGCGCUGCGGCGGGGCUACGAUCACAGCUGCUUCCAUGAAGAUCUUCGCCGGAUCUAUUGGAUUGCGGGAGUGCUCAACAAACCGACCGUGUUCCUGAUCACCGACACGCAAAUCGUGCACGAAGCGUUCAUGGAAGACAUAAACAACAUUCUGAACUCGGGCGAGGUACCGAAUCUGUUCGAGGGCGAUGAGUAUGAGAAGAUCAUUCUAAACACCCGGCAGCCGUGCAUUGAGAGUGGCCAUCCGAAUCAAACGCGCGAUGGCAUAUUUGAGUUCUUCAUCAAGCGCGUCCGGGCCAACCUGCACGUCAUCAUGUGCAUGAGCCCGGUGGGCGAUACGUUCCGCGGGCGCUGUCGAAUGUUUCCUUCGCUGGUGAACUGCUGCACGAUCGACUGGUUCGUGAAGUGGCCGGCCGAGGCACUGCGCAGCGUCGCGAUCGGCUCGCUAAAGGAUGUCUCCGACAACGAGGUGCAGUGCAAACAUUUGGCCCAAAUCUGCGUCAUGAUACACGAAAGUGUGGAGAGCAUAUCGGAGCGGUUCUAUCGCGAGAUGCGUCGCCACUACUACACCACGCCGAGCAGCUAUCUGCAGCUGCUGAACCAGUACCGGGUACUGGUACAGAAGCGGGUCGACUCUAUUAUACAGAAGAAGGAUCGCAUUGCUAACGGGUUGAGCAAAAUUCUGGAAACCAACCAAGUGGUGGCCGAAAUGGGAGAGGAGUUGAAGAAAUUCGUGCCGAUACUGGAGGAAAAGUCGAAAAACAUGAAAGAGCUGUUGGCCAAGCUGGACAAGGACAAUGCAAUGGCGGAGAGUGUGAAGAAGAGUGUGGCCAAGGAUGAGGCCGAAGCAAAGAUUAAGGCGGCCGAAACGCAGGAAAUUGCCGACGAGGCGGCGAAGGAUCUGGAGAUCGUACUGCCCACACUGCAGGCGGCCCAGGACGCGCUGAAAUCGCUCAACAAAAAUGACAUCAACGAGCUGCGCGUCUUCCAGAAACCUCCCAAGCUGGUACAGUUCGUAAUGGAGGCGGUGUGCAUACUCCUCGGAGCAAAGCCCGAUUGGAACACGGCUAAGGUGGUGAUGUCGGAUGUAAACUUUUUGAAAAAACUGGAAGAUUACGACAAGGAACACAUACCAGAGGCCAUUAUCAAGAAAAUUAAAUCGUACGUCGAUCACAAAGAUUUCCAGCCAGCGACUAUUGAGAAAGUAUCCAAAGUAGCUAAAUCGAUGUGCCUCUGGGUGAUUGCCAUAGAAAAGUACGCCAAAAUCUACAAAGUAGUUGAGCCAAAGAUCAAGCGACAAAAAGCGGCCGAACAAGAGCUGGGAGAAGUGAUGCAGCUGCUCAAGUCGAAGCAGAGCGAGCUGGCCGAAAUCGAAGCGAAAAUAACGAUGCUUAUGGCAAACCUGGAAGAGAAGAAGCGCGAAAUGAAGCUGUUGCAGGAUCACAAUGAUCUUACCAGUGCCCGGUUAAAUCGCGCCGGCCGACUAACGUCGGCCCUGGCGGACGAGGAAGUACGCUGGCGCGAAACAGUGAAGCAGCUGACGGCGGAACAUUUUGCGGUGCCCGGGGAUGUCCUGGUGGCGUCGGCAUACGUUGCCUAUUUGGGUGCGUUUCCGAUCGACUACCGCCGCACGCUGUCCGAAAUCUGGGUGUCGGAGUGCAAGCGGUUAAACAUUCCAAGCAGUCCCACCUUUAGCUUGGUGCAGAUUCUGGGCGACUCCUAUCAGAUACGCCAGUGGAACAUGUACGGAUUGCCGCGCGAUGAAAUAUCGGUGGAAAAUGGAAUCAUCGCAACAGAGGGUGGCCGCUGGCCGCUGAUGAUCGAUCCGCAGGAACAAGCGAACCGCUGGAUACGCAGCAUGGAGUCACGGAACGAGCUGCGCAUAAUUAAGCUGACCGAUGGAAAUAUGAUGCGCAUUUUGGAAGUAUGCAUACGACAAGGGUUUCCAAUGUUGAUCGAGGAUGUGCAGGAGACGUUAGAUCCUGUCCUCGGUACGAUCCUUAUGAAGCAGGUGUUUCUGCAAAAUGGUCGACUCAUGAUCAAGUUAGGUGACGUGGACGUAGAUUAUGAUAGCAAUUUUCGGCUGUACAUGACCACAAAGCUUCCGAAUCCGCACUUUCUGCCCGAAAUAUGCAUUCAAGUUAGUUUGGUCAACUUCCUUGUCUCGCGUAGUGGUCUCGAGGAUCAGCUAUUGGCUGAGAUCAUCAAGAUUGAGCUUCCGGAGAUGGAAAAGCAGCGUAACGAUCUCAUCACUACCAUCAAUGCAGAUAAGCAGCAGCUGCUACUGUUGGAAGACAAGAUACUGAAAGUUCUGUACAGCUCCCAGGGCAACAUCCUCGACGACGAGGAGCUGGUCGAGUCGCUGAACGAAUCCAAGGAAAUGUCCACCAUCAUCGCGGACCGGCUCAUUGAAACGGAGCGCACCGAGCUGAACAUUGCUGCCACGCGCGAAAAGUAUCGCGUGCUGGCAGCACGCGGCGCUAUCCUGUAUUUCGUGGUGGCCUCCCUGUCCGAGAUUGACCCGAUGUACCAGUUCAGCCUGCGCUAUUUCACCCAGGUGUACUGUUCGGUGGUGGAACAGCCGCAUGCACGGAUGGAACUACCCGAGCGGCUCGCAACACUGCUGGAGGACAUUACCUUUACCGUGUUUUCCAACAUCUGCCGUGGGCUGUUCGAGAAGCACAAGCUUAUAUGUGGGUUUUUGGUUGCGUUUGCCAUCUGCAAGGAGGCACAGGAGUUUUCCGACGAAGAGUUUAGCUUCAUCGUACGUGGGCCUUCGCAGCGAAAGUUUUCCCUCGAGCGGAAGCCAUCCUUCCUGAGCGAUAAUCAGUGGAUAGCUUGCUGCUUUCUCGAGGUGCACGAUCCGACCCAGUUUGCCGACCUGACUAACCAUCUGCACCGAUCGCUGAUCAUCGCGAUUGAGGAUUUCCGUGAGGACCUAUGCCUUGCACCCGUGCCCGAACCGGCAGCGAUUGACUGGAACGCUAGGCUGUCAGUUUCGGAGAAGCUAAUGCUGGUGGCGGCACUGAAGGAUGAAUUUUUGGUCAUCGCCGUAACGGAGUUCAUUCGUCACGCGCUCGGCAAGCGGUACACUGAGCCACCGAAAAAUACUAGCCUUGCCUCGCUGUACGCGGACAUAUCGCCGUCCAUACCGCUGGUGUUCGUACUGUCGGCAGGAUCCGACCCAAUGACGGCGUUGAUCAAAUUCGCCCAGGAACGAGACUGCGUCGAGCGGCUGCACUCCAUUUCGCUCGGCCAGGGACAGGGCCCGGCAGCGGAGGCUUUAAUAGAGGCCGGAACUCGGAGCGGCCAUUGGGUGUUUCUGCAGAAUUGCCAUCUGGCAACGUCCUGGAUGGAAGCGAUGGAAAAAAUCGUCAAUCGCAUCGCAAUGGGUUUACAAACGGUCGACACCAACUUCCGGCUGUUCCUCUCAUCCAUGCCGGUGCGUACGUUCCCGAUCAGCGUGCUGCAGAAUUCGGUAAAGGUAACGAACGAACCGCCGAAGGGUUUGCGCUCAAAUCUCGUGCGCUCGCUAACCGAGCUGGAUCGCAGCUGGUUCGAAUUCCACGUGCUCGGCGCACAAUGGCGUGCGCUCGUCUUCGGUCUGUGCAUGUUCCACGGUGUUAUCCUGGAGCGGCGCAAGUUUGGCCCGCUGGGAUGGAACAUUACGUACGAGUUUAGCGAAAGCGAUCGCGAGUGUGCCCUCCGCACGUUGGACAUCUAUUGCGAUCGGGAGCUGAGAGCACCGAUACCGUGGGAUGCGCUAGAAUACAUCAACGGUGAGAUCACUUACGGGGGCCGCGUAACGGACGUUUGGGAUCAGCGUUGUUUGCGAGCGAUAUUGAAGCGCUUCUCGUCGCCGCUGAUACUGACCGACGCGUACAGCUACAGUGCGAGCGGAUUGUACCACUGCCCGACAGGCGAUGAGGCACGCAAGAUCGGUGGGUUUUUGGAGUAUGCCGGGCAGCUGUCCAUACACGAUCCACCGGACAUAUUCGGGAUGCACGAGAACGCAAACAUCAUUUUCAACCGAAACGAAACGUACUUCUUUCUGAACACGCUGCUCGAAAGCCAGUCCGGUGGCGAUUCGCUCGGAGAGGAAGCGAUGGCCGCCAUGGACAAGAUGUGUUUGGAGAAAAUUGAUUCGAUACGCAAAGCCGUAGCAACUUCCAUCGAGUACGACGAGCUGCAUCCAAGCUUGCUGCAACGGGAUGCUAAAAAUCGCAUCCCUUCCCUCACGACCGUUCUGAUACAGGAGGUGGAUCGGUUCGACAGGCUGCUGUCGAUACUGCAUGGCAGCCUGCGCGAUCUGGAGAAAGCGAUCCAAGGGUUUGUGGUAAUGUCCGAAAGUUUGGAAACGAUCUACCGUGCAUUUGGCAACAAUCAAGUACCGCAGGCAUGGCACUCGAAGGGAUACCUCUCGACAAAGACGCUGGCCAGCUGGGUGACCGAUCUGCAGCAUCGGAUCGAGUACGUACAAAACUGGUGCGUCAAAGGGUUGCCCGUUUCUUCGUGGGUGUGUGGUCUGUUUUUCCCGCAAUCGUUCCUCACCGGCACAUUGCAGACGUACGCCCGCAAGCAUAACAUACCGAUCGAUACGCUGCGGUUCGAUUUCGAAAUUAUGAACGUAACGCUACACCAGUCGACCAUUUACGAGGAGCGUUCGAAAAAGGAUCCCUUGCAACUGUUUCACAACCUCAAUCCUCCCAGUGAUGGUGUGUUCAUCCACGGUCUGUUCAUCGAAGCAGGCCGUUGGGAUCACAACGAGGGAGGACUGUGUGAUGCCCGGCACAGGGAGCUUAUUGCUCAUUUGCCCGUCGUUUGGCUAAAACCGUGCACGGAUCUGACCGUUGGGCGUCGAUACGAAGCCCCACUAUACAAGACCAGUGUGCGGGCGGGUGUUUUAUCAACAACCGGUCAAUCAACCAACUUUGUUCUUUCAGUUCUGCUCGACUCGCAGCUUCCGUCCGAUUACUGGAUUCUACGGGGAACUGCUCUCGUUACAUUGAUUACGGAUUAACCACAGUAGAAGCUAUAGUUUAUGC